UGCAAACCGCAUCACAGUCACCACCUGCUGCAGGUAACGGACAGAUUCAAGCUUGUGCGGAAAAGCCAAGACGACGAGAGGUCAUGUCGGCAGGACUGGAGAUCGUGGGCAUCGCUUUGGGCGUCAUAGGCUGGAUCAUCGCCCUUGUGGCUUGCGCCCUGCCCAUGUGGAGGGUCACAGCCUUCAUCGGAGCCAACAUUGUGACAGCACAGGUCAUCUGGGAGGGCUUGUGGAUGAACUGCGUGAUGCAGAGCACGGGACAGAUGCAAUGCAAGAUCUACGACUCAAUGCUUGCCCUUCCCCAGGACCUGCAGGCUGCGCGUGCCCUUACCGUCAUCUCCAUUAUCAUCUCUGUCCUGGCUGUGCUGAUCUCCAUCGUUGGUGCGAAAUGCACUAACUGCAUUGAGGAUGAGGCCUCUAAAGCCAAGGUAAUGAUUGUGGCUGGUAUUCUUUUCAUCAUCUCUGGCAUCAUGCAGCUAAUACCGGCAUCCUGGUCAGCAAACACCAUCAUCCAGGACUUUUACAACCCGCUGCUGACCGACGCCCAGCGCAGGGAGAUUGGUGCAUCCCUGUACAUCGCUUGGGCAGCAGCUGCCCUUAUGGUCUUUGGUGGUGCAAUGCUCUGCUGUUCUUGCCCCCCACGGGAGCAGAAAUACAACCCCUCCAGGAUGGCUUAUUCUGCUCCGCGAUCUGUCGCCAGGAGUGGCUACGACAAGAAAGACUACGUCUGAGCAAGACGAAGCUGUUCUCCUGCCACCCAGCCUAAUGACCUCCCACCGAUCCCCCAACCUAAUGACUCUUCCCUGCUGUUGUUAUGUGAAACAAAGAGUUACCCGUGAAGAGACUCCAUGAUGAAGGGACGCUGUCGCUGCUGCUUUCUGCUUCAAUGUGGGUUCAGAUCCACUCAGGUGGCCAUUAUGGGUUUUACAUGAGACGGAUACACACCUGCCACUAGCGGCAACAGGGCUGAGACCACUCUUGGUUAAACUGGUAACAUGUUUUUUAUCUUAGCGCUAACAGGAAAAAAAAAGCUAUGAAUAACUACUCCUUUAGAAUCUUUUUAUAGUUUUUUCCUUCUUUGCGUGCUUAUGCAUAUGGUUUAGGUGCCAAAAUUCAUCCUAUAGUUUUAAAUUUUCUAAAGCUUUGAACAGGGUGCAUCUAAGGUUUUACACGAUGUUUCCUGCCUUUUAAAGGAGGGAAAACCUACUGUAUCUUUGAUUACAAACACCCUGCGCUAUGCUAUAUCGAGAAAUGGAUUACAUUAGGGUGUAAUUCUGUGCUGAACACAUUAAUUAACAAGGAGCAGGAAUUACAAGAUGAAACCUCCCACCAUUACUUCAAUUUGGUCAUGAAAAAGUCUUCCGGAAAUAUGAAUGCAAAACACCUUCCAACAACCUAGUCACGUAAGACUUGGCGUUGAACUGCAAGGUUUUCUUAUGCAUGCAAAUGUAUGUGUUGUCCAGCGAGCAAUGUUCCAUUCUCAGAAAUAUGAAAAAUAUUAAACAUAUUUGUGAAAAUAUGUAGAGGAUAUUGUGCUUUUACAGUCACAACCUGAAAUAUUUUAACUACAGUAAAGAAGGAAAACAUUUUAACACUCAAGACUGAGUAGGCCAUAUAUUUCAAGCAUAUAUAAAAUACAUUGUAUGUAUAAAAAUAUAGUUUUCUUAUAUCAUGCAUUAUAUACUGUAUAUGUUGCAGUCUUUUUCCAUAUUCUUGUUCACAGAGUCAAGGAAUCACAUUCGUAACACUGGAAAAAUGUAUAUGUGAUAUCUUGUAUAUUAUUACUUACCUGUAUAAUAUUUAACUUUUCCAACUUUUACAUGGGGUCCUGAAUGCAGAGUCACAAGAUGAGAGUGGAACAUGGAACUAGUGUUUUCUCUGAACGAGGGUGGAGUACAGAGACAGCCACCAUUUUAUAUAUUUCAAGCAACCGGUGCCUAUCAUAAACUGACUUGCUCUUUUGUUUGUAAUAAUAAAAGCCAUUUCUUUUUUCUUGCAUUGUUUCUCUUUUCCAUUUACUAUUGCUGUAGUGACCUCUGUUGUGUGAAGAUGUUAAAGUGAGUGUAAAAAUUAACAGUUUUUUCCUGCUCUGGUUAGCUGUCAAUUUAUUGUACUUCAAAAAAAGAAAUAAA